GCACGGGAAACAGACAGACAGCCAGCUUGUGGUCUCGGUAUCAGCCGAGGAGAGAACGAAUCGGGGAGAGGAGAAAAAGGAUUCAUACAGCCUUGAAUGAAUCAUGGCCACUGAAACGGUAUCUUCUUGUACAGGAUCCAACUUACUACAGCCGAUCAGCAAGAUUAUAAACCUUCCUGUGGACCAGGUGAACUUUGUGGUGUGCCAGCUCUUCGCUCUGCUCACGGCCUUCUGGUUCCGGCUCUACCUGCACCCCAAGAAGAGCAGCCCGUUGGUCAGGCAUGUGGUGGCCACUCUCCUGGGCUUCUACCUGGCCCUGUUCUGCUUCGGCUGGUAUGCCUUACACUUCCUGGUUCAGAGUGGUCUCACCUACAGCAUCAUGAUCUUGGCGAGCCUGGAACACAUGCACAAGUACUGCUUUGUGAUGGCACUUGGGUACCUCAGCUUCUGCCAGAUAACCCGGGUGUAUGUCUUCGACUACGGCAUGUACUCCGCCGACUUCACCGGGCCCAUGAUGGUCAUCACUCAGAAGAUCACCAGUUUGGCAUUUGAGAUUCACGAUGGAAUGUUCCGGAAGGAAGAGCAGCUCAGCCCAGCUCAGAGAAUCCUGGCUGUAAGAAGGAUGCCCAGCCUUCUGGAGUACUUGAGCUAUAACUGUAACUUCAUGGGCAUCCUGGCCGGUCCCACAUGUUCGUACAAUGAAUACAUCGCUUUCAUCGAAGGCAGCUCCUACCACCAGAAACACCCAGAGUCCAAUGGGAAAGAGAACGGGAAGUACAAGCAGAGCGACCCCUCGCCAAAGAAAGAUGUGAUCUACAAGCUGUGCACCUGUACCAUCUCCCUGCUGGUGUACCUGUUUGUCUUCAGGAUAUGCCCAGUGGAACGCAACGUUGAGGACAGCUUCAUCUCGACCACACCCUUCUAUGGCCAGGUCCUCUACCUCUAUGUCUCCAUGCUGGCCACCAGACCCAAAUACUACUUUGUCUGGACUCUUGCUGAUGCCAUUAACAAUGCUGCUGGGUUUGGUUUUAAUGGUUAUAACAAAGAUGGCACACCCAGAUGGGAUUCGAUAUCAAACUUGAGAAUACUGGACAUUGAGUUUGCCACCAGCUUUAAGAUGUUCCUGGAUAAUUGGAAUAUCCAGACUGCACUUUGGCUCAAAAGGGUGUGUUAUGAGCGCUGUCCCUACAACCCCACAGCGGCCACGUUUGUGCUUUCUGCCAUGUGGCACGGGGUGUAUCCUGGCUAUUACCUCACCUUCCUCACUGGCAUCCUGAUGACCAUGGCAGCACGAGCGAUCAGGCAAAACGUCAGACACUACUUCUUGGGUUCAGCGACACACAAAUUGAUCUAUGAUGUCAUCACGUGGGUGGGCACCCAGAUCGCCAUAUGUUACACAGUUGUGCCGUUCGUACUCCUGGCGGUGGGACCUUCGCUAAAGUUCUACAGGUCGUGGUACUUCUGCAUCCACAUCAUGUGUGUGUUGCUGGUGCUAGUCCUGCCAGUGAAGCCCAGGCACUUGCGCGAGAAAGAGCAGCAGAACAGCCUGCAUCAGGCCCCCUGCCUGGAGGACGUGACCCAGAACAGCCACGCUGCCACGGACAACAACUGCAACCAGAAAACAAAGAGCACAUGAGGCCCGUGCUGACACUUUUCCAUUGAAAACAGUUGUGCCCAGCUUCUUUCUUAAAAGACAAACUUGGCUGACGGACAAACUUAACGAACCAACGGAAAACGUCAACCUUUCAGUAGCAACAACGCUCGAGAGCGAUCAUGUUUUUGUCUUGAGAGAGUAGAGCGCGUAGCGCCGUGACCGAGCGAAGCCAACCUGCAAGAAUUCAACAAGUAAUAAUAACAAAAAAAUCUGUAUGGGAUAACGGUGGACUGCCGGUCUGGAGAGGAAUGCUAACUGACUUACUGAAAAGGAAAAGAAGUUGCCUUAAACCCUCUAUCCGCAGUCAGGUGCGGUCUUCAGUACAGUUGGGUUUUUCCCAAUGGGAAAAACCACAGCGCUCCCUAACCGAUCCAAACCCUUGUAGCUGAGGGUGCUGGUAUGUCUGGUGGGUAACAGUUUUUAGAGGGUUUUGGUCAAUGUGGAAAUACACUAUCACCUCCAUUAGAAGAUAAUUUUAAAAAAAAUAGGAAAUUGUAAAAGAAAAAUACAUUUAAAAUUGCUGGAUGCCAAUCUCCUCGAAUAGGCCUUAGGUUAUCCUACUCUUUCGUUUGGUUGAUGUGAAGUUAACUGUUCCCAAGCCAAGAGGUCUUUCCAUCUGUCUGCUCAUAUCUGCUGCUUUCUUCAGAGUAUGUGUGUUCCUCAAACAGUGGCUUGCCAUAAUUAAGUGUCUGUGCCCUGGCAUUUCAGUGCAGUGUCAGUUUUAAGGCAUGGGCAUGGGCCCUAUGGUAUAGUUUCCCUGAAAAUCGCCUAUGGCAGAUGAAGAAUUGAAGUGUGACACUGAUUUGUAAUUCCUUGACUGAAAUGUUUGAUGAUUACAAACCAUUGUUGCAUCUUUUCUCCAUUUGUAAUUCAAUUUUGAUGUAACUGGUUUAAAAGGGCUUUUUUGAUUUUGGGUUUGGGAUUAAUUUGCACAGGUUCCUUCAGGAUCCCUGAAUCUUGCCUGCCUUUCCUUUCCUGGUUUAGUUUGCGUCCUCCUCUCAGAUUGCACAAAGGGAUAUUUCUACACUUGAUAUUCAAAUUGGUCUUCAGUGAUUUGUUUGCUGUUUAUUGUAGACCGACUGUCGUUUGACUGUAUGUGUAGUAUAUUUAAUGAGAAAUAGUUUUUGAACCUUUUAACCUUUCAAUUUUGCACAAGUAUUCUAAAUAUGUUUAAACAGGCAAAUUCUUGGCUAAAUUGACAAUAAUCUCUAUAAUUUGGCUGACAAAUGAGAAAUGCUAGCAGUAAUAUCCCAUCCUACCUGUAGAUGGGCCCUGGUGAGGUUUUAUACGAAAGGCACGAUUUUUCUGUUUUUUAAAGAAUGUUCUUGAAACAUGCUGAUUGUCCACCAGCUGUCACUGUAGAACCCACAUUUGAAUAAUAAUAACCAGGCUCACAUUUAAACUGGGACUGCUCCUGCUUUUCUGAAAAUGGCAAAAAGGUAUUUAUCAGAAUCAUGUGCCUGUGCAUCAUUGGCCUUGAUGAACUGUGAACUGACAAAGCUGAUAUUUAAAAAGAAUCUAAAAAUUUUUUUUUUUUUUAAAUCCAUAUUGUUUUAUUCUCUCGUACAAAAACAAUAGAAUAACAUCCACUUUAAGGUUACAGAUUGGGUGGAUGCAGACAAGAAAACUUGAAAAUGAAUAUUGUGAAUAUUACACAAUUAUACUCUACGUACCCGUUUUAAAUGUUCGAUUAAAUAACUGAGUGACCCAGUACAGUGUACAUCUUAAUAAGCAUUAUUUUCCCUUAAUCUAAGGACCUUAAUCUUACAUGCUGCUUGCUUUUUACAGUAUUGAGCCAUACUGUAAAUUCAGGAGAAUAUUUUGUAAAGAUUUAAAAUGCAGUGAGGCGAUUUUUAUCAACUGAAAAAUGUCUUAUUGUCUUCAUUUCUGCUAUGACAGUGGCAAGACUAGCUAAAUCUGGCACGGAUGUUCGGCAGUGGCAAUUUGUGUGCAAAAAGGAGCAGAGGAACGGUUCUAUUUUGUAACUGGUUUCCUUUCAACAAACCAUUUUAUUAUAAAUAUAGAUUUAUUGUUUGUAAUGUACAUUGGCGUAUGCAAAGUAUUUGGAAAUUACCUUUCCGAAUACUUUUGGCUGCUUUUUGUUCUGAAAGUGAGAAGGGUUCCACUGAAUUAUGGGUAAGAUUUCGAGGAGUCUGAUGGAAAGGUUGUGCAAUAUUGAUGCCCUGAAGCCCGUGGUGUCAUUUUUAUGAGACCUCCCAUGCCGUCCCCUUUCAUCCUGACGCUCCGGCCCAGCUUUUCUACAACACUCAUUUCUUUUGCAAGAAUCGCUGCAGCAUUUUAGAAUGCUCCAAGUUUAACUGAGAUCCCUGGGAUGCCACUGCCGCUCUCUAGUCUCCUGCAGAAAGCAGUACAUGCUUGCUGCGACUGGCAGGCUCUACCAUGCAAACAUAAAGUGGCAUGCGGAAAUCAGUGUGACUUGGAGGGUGAAUAUGCGUGUAGUGUGAAACUUACUUUUAUUUUCGUGGGCCAGGAUUGACCUGUGGCCUUUGCCAUGCGGCCCUCAGAGCUUUGAGGUUUAGGUGUCUCUUUCAGAAGCUCAUCCAGGGUCCACAAUUAUCCUAUUUGUUCAACAGAUAUUCAGCUGUGUGCACCUAGAUUCUGUUUCUACAUUGUCAAAGCUAAAAGUGCUCUGAUUGGUAGUAAUUUAUGAAUAUUCAUAAAAGACUUCAGUUUCAAAUUCAGAUCGGUCAUAGCUAACACAACGCGAUAACACUGAACGUUACCAGGAAGGAACAUGUAGCUGACUGUCCUUUUUAACAGUCUCCAGAGAGACCUCGUUUUGCACAAACUAGCUGAUUUUGCUAGUUUUUGCUGUCUUUGCUGCCAUUAUUGCCACAAAGCUGUCACUGCAAUACUCCAAACGUUCUUUUGAUAACCCAAGGGAUAUUUAAGGCUGCUCAGGUUUUUAAGCACACAAAAAUAUUUUCUCAAUGUAGAAAUGUUUGUUUAAAAAAAACAACAAAGAAUUGAAAAAAAAAAUCUGAAUAAAUGACAGGACCAACAUGUCUUCUUUAGCAAACCUCAGCAUGUUGGAUGCAGUUUGAACCUUCGGACAGAAAGUUCCCACAUCCUCUUAAUCAACUUUUCACUUUUCCAGUCCAGUCAUAAUGACUGAAGACUUUACACAUUUUGCUUUGGGUGUCCAUUAGGAGAACUGGUGCCAUUUCUUGUGAACAGGACAAUGAUUUCACCGCUCAAGCCAGCAGAUAAAUGUAACCUCCACUGUACGAAGUGCCAAACCAUUUGUGGUGUACUGUGUCCUGUGUCCUGUGUGUGUCUGUGUGUGUGUGUGUGUGUGUGUGUGUCCGUGUGUGUGUGUUUAAAAAAAAAAAAAGGGGGGUGUAAGUAAGACUUACUGAAAAGAUGUGUAUUUCCUGUAAAAGUAGAUAAAAUAAAAUAAAGUUAUUUUUUUAAAUGCUUAGUAAUAGAUUCAGAAAAGAAGAGACGCUCCCUCUUUUUUGCACUUUUUUCAGUCGGGUCAGUAUUGUAGAGAUAAAUAGCAGGGAAUUCUGGGAAUAUAUUAAGGGAUGAAAAAACCAAAACACAAUCGUGUGCGGAUCACGUUCUCAUUUUUUCCACAUUCUCUUUUUUUCCUCUAAAGAUGGGGCGACAAAAUUCUGCCACAGUUGGGGAGAAAAAAAUAGGAUUGAAUGCAAUGUGUUUUCAUUGCAGCUUAACGAUGAAUAUGUACAUUCAGUGUAUGCUUUGAAAGUGCCGACAAUUUGCAGGGUUUUAUUGUUCAGAAAUGAAUCGCUAAAUCUAAGAUCCCAAGAAAUCUGCUUCAGUAAUCAUGCAUAUAUAUGUGCAUAUAUACAGUCAGUGAUCACUUUAUUAGGUAGACCUGUAUACCAGCUUGCAGCCAAACAUGUGGCAGCAACUAAAUGCAUAAAAGCAUGCAGAUGUGGUUAAGAGGUUUAAGUAUCUCAGAAACUGGUGAUCUCCUAGGAUUUUCACGCACAAGAGUCUCUAUAGUUUGCAGAGAAUGGUGUGAAGAACAAAAAUUAUCCAGUGAGCAGUGGGCAAAAACACCUUGUUAACAAGAGACGUCAGUCGAGAAGGGCCAGAUUGGUCACAGCUGACUGGCAGGUGAACGCAACGCAAAUAACCACAGCUAACCACAGCUACAGCAGCAGAAGUCUAAAAAAUGAAUAAAGUCUAAUAAAUACCUAAUAAAGUGCUCAUUGAGUGUACAUAUGAUAUGUAUAUAAAAUGCGAUUCCAAUUCAGCCUCUUCUGUGUCCAGACUUGCAUCCAUUAAUCACACUGAAACACCAUUUAGGGAUUUAUUUAUGCCGUUUGGAUGCUAGCUAUAUCAAGUGUUUCUCAUCAGUUUUAACCUGAUCUCACCAUUCUGGGACUCUGAAGGCCCAAAGCAGUUGUAUUAAUCGGUCUGGUAUUACAAAGUUUCACUUCAUGUACUAUGUCUGUCUGUCUGUGCUUGCAUGUACGUGUAGUAUGUGUGUAUGUGUUUAUGCACCUGUGUGUGUGUAGAGGUCUGUACUGAUAAGAUUGCGGUUCUGAACAGGCUGCCACUGUGGAUGUGACCGUAAGAGUUGUAUUGUAGGUACGGAUGUACCUGUGGUGUGAAUAUCCUUUCAAGUGUGGUUGGAACCAUUGUCUUCCCUCUCACAGAACAAUAGAGGUUUAAUGAUUUACAUUUACAGCAUCCCUGUUGUCCUUACCCCUUUUCUAAAUGACCGCUUAUUAGAAGCCCCAAUUUUCCAGUUGCUGUCACCCUUUAGGUUCAGAAUUUAGAGCCAUACCAAUUGAUAGUCCCAGACACAUUUACUUGGGCAUUUCGAUUAGCCUUGCCAGUCAUGUGUGUAUUUAAUGAUCAGCCAUCCCAUAGAAAAGAAACACCGGAAAAAGAGCACUGUUUCAUUUUUUUUUUCUUUCCUUUGUUUGCUUGGCUAAUCUCUAGAGUUGAAUCAAUGUUUUAGAAAUAUGAAAUUGAUUGGCGGGUGGAGGGAUCAAACUUACUCUAUUUUAGAUAUGCAUACUGAUUGAUAAUAACAACUAGUGGAUUGUAAGUGAUUCUAACCGCUUUGGGAAAGUACCACACAAACGGUUAUGCCAUGUUCUUGUUUACUUUUGGGGUUUUUUUGUUAUUUUUUUUGGCAGUGGUUCUUGACCAGGGUUCUGAGAAUGACUUCACAAUUAACCAAAUUUGCCUUUUCUCAGUUGACCUGACUGUUUUUAAUUUUUAAUGUUAUUGUGUUUUUGGAAUACAUUUAUUUUUAAAACGAGUGACAGUUUAAUCAUAUUUACAAAAAAAUGUAUUGUGGUGAUGGUGUGUAUGCUCCAAAAUUGUCACUUUUGUCAACACUGUGAUACAUUAAUCACUGUUUUAUACUUUAUAGUAACAAGGCUUUGUAACAUUGUAGUGGCUGUAAUGGGGGCAUUUGUACCUCUUUUGUCUACAUGUUUCAUUUGUAUUCUGGACAUUUGUUGGUGUAUGUGUUUCUUGGCAGUACUGAUUAAACCAGCUCAUACAGAG